AUGCGCGCGCGGUGCGCGGAGACGUCUCUGAAAGCGAGAACGAGGUGCGCGAGGUGCGCGAGCGGGACGGCGGACCCGCCGCCUCGAGUGUUCGCGGCGCCGCCAGCCGCGCCGGGGGAUGAAGAUUGGAAAAACAUGACAAUUUUGAUGGAUAAACCUCAGAAGUACACGUCGUUUGACGUCGUGGCGCGCGUGCGGCGGUUGAGCAGGGAGAGAGGGGUCAAGAAAGUUGGACACUGCGGCACGCUCGAUCCCAUGGCGACCGGAUUGUUGAUUUUAUGCGUUGGCAAGGCGACGAAGAGCGUGGAGGAGUACUCGGGGAUGGAUAAGACGUACACUGGUACCAUUAAGUUGGGUGAAGGGACGCCGUCGCAGGACGCGGACGAAGAAGUGAACGAACGCGAACCUUGGGAACACGUCACGGACGUCGAACUACGUGAGGGCGCGCGCAAACUCACAGGCGCGAUCAAGCAGUUACCACCGAUGUAUUCAGCAAUCAAGGUGAACGGAAAACGUCUGUAUAAAUCUGCCAGAGAAGGUGUCGAGGUCGAGCGCAAGCACCGAGACGUGGUGAUUCACGAAUUCGAAGUCGAGCGAGACGCGGAGGACGCACAAAUCGUACACUUUUCCGCACACGUCUCCAAGGGCACUUACGUGCGCACGUUGGCGUACGAUUUGUGUAAAAGUCUCGGCACGACAGGUCACUUAACGGCGCUUCGCAGGACAAAGAUCGGGAGUGAGUUUGACGUGGAAGACGCGUGGACAAUCGAGCAGUUGGCUGAAGCUUGUGGGGAGGAUCCGUCAAAGUUCAAAAAAACUCCAAAAAAGGAGAGCUCUUAA